AGGGAAAAAGGAUAGGAUUAAAUGAACUGCGGAAGAAAAGAAAAAGUGGAGGAGCUGCGAGGGAGAAAGAGGAAGACACUUCUGUUUUCAACAUGGCUCCAUUGUCUCCUACUUUGUCUGUAAUUGAGUUAGAUUAAUUGUUCUGCUCCCGGUAGAGAAACAGUGUUCUUCUGAGACAUUCAAAUUUUAUUGUUCUUAGCACAGAACAAUAAUACUCGACUCAACACUACGUAGGAGCCAAUGGAGCCAGGUUGAGAACAGAAGUGUCUGUACAAAGCGGCAGAACCAUAGUUUACUGGGAACGUCAGUAGUAUUCUACUGAGCAUAGGAAAAAUUGAUAUUCAGCUCAAUGUCAAAUACGAGCCAGUGGAGCCAGGUUGAACAAAGCGGCAGAACCAUAGUUUACUGGGAACGUCAGUAGUAUUCUACUGAGCAUAGGAAAAAUUGAUAUUCAGCUCAAUGUCAAAUACGAGCCAGUGGAGCCAGGUUGAACAAAGCGGCAGAACCAUAGUUUACUGGGAAAGUCAGUAGUAUUCUACUGAGCAUAGAAAAAUUGAUAUUCAGUCAGCUCAAUCUCAAAUACGAGCCAGUGGAGCCAGGUUGAACAAAGCGGCAGAACCAUAGUUUACUGGGAAAGUCAGUAGUAUUCUACUGAGCAUAGCAAAAUUUAUAUUCAGUCAGCUCAAUCUCAAAUACGAGCCAGUGGAGCCAGGUUGAACAAAGCGGCAGAACCAUAGUUUACUGGGAAAGUCAGUAGUAUUCUACUGAAAAUAGAAAAAAUUGAUAUUCAGCUCAAUGUCAAAUACGAGCCAGUGGAGCCAGGUUGAAAACAGAAGUGUCUGUACAAAGCUGCAGAAGCAUAGACUACAGUAGUGUCUGCACUUAGGCUUUGCUAAAGCUGUUAAAGUUGAGGUCUUAAGAAUACAGCUUUCCCUCAAAGUAAUCAACGCUACAUGAACAUAUUUACCUUAAGGCUUCAUUUGAUAUUCUUUCUGCAUAACACGCUAAGCAUUUUUUAGGCCAGGCAACGUUAUAAUUUAGAGGUCCACAGGAGUUUAAACUAGCUUCUAUGGCUAUCAACCCCACUAGAAAGUAGAAAAUUCUACAACUUUACAAACUCGUGACACUUUACAUGACAAUUUCAUAACUAGCAGGUUAUCUCAACACUUGUUCUGCAUAACCUGCUGUCUAUAUAUUGCAAGUAGGACAACAUGCUAACGCGAUUUUAGAAUGAAACUACCUUGCAUAAAUAUCUACUGUACUGUACAUUGAAAAACCAUUUAGAGCCACGAUAAAUAUCAAAAUUUGUAGGGCAUUUUGAUAAAUAAUUAAAGUUGAAAAACCUUAUUUUGUGCGGAAUCAAAUGAAUUGAAAUACUUUCUCUGUAUCGAUGUGACAAAAAAUCAGGGGUUUAUUUUGUCAGUUUAAAAUAAUUUCUUUUCGGCCAUUUCAUCUUCAACUGAAUGGUAUUGUCUUCACUAUCUAUUUUGCUUUUGCUUUGUUUACGCAUAUAUAAUCUUUGUUUCUUCGUUACCAACCAAAAAGAUGAUUAAGAAAGAUAACUUUCAGAUAAUCCUGAAGAGGCUGCAAUGCCAAGAAAUUCAUGCUCGGUUCUUUGGUCAAAAAGAAGAUUAUGUUACUAAACUAAUUUAAGAGCUAUGUUAGCUUGGACAAAAACUAUUGUUGAUAAAACCCUGAUGAGUAGAUGUUCAAUACACAGUUACAUGCUAAGCUUGCAGAGAAUGGCCCUAUUGUUCACGAGUAUUGUUUAUGUUUCUUUCAAAACAAUUAUUGUCGAUCGGCAGUGUGAAAGAGAAUAGCAAUGAAGAAUAAUCCUUUACAUAUCGUAGACAUUUUGUGUUUUAUGUUUUCUUUGCCAAUUAAGGAGCAGGUUUAUAACAUUAUGUUUUAGUUAUCAUCUAAACAAAUACCUUGGCAACAGUUUUUUGUCUUUGUUUAACUUUCAGAUAAUCCUGUAUUUCAUAUCUGAUAGUAAUGUGCUCGUAUUAGUUGCUUUCUAGUUCCAAAUUUCUUGUUUUUGUUAACAAAGAGAUGUUUUGUACCGUUGCUUUCAUCUGAACAGUUUAUGUUAUCGGUAACAGAAGCAUCCUUUGUUAUGGAAAAUGAGAAGCAUACUCUUUCAAAUGAUCAAACGAAUAACUUUUUGCUAGUUCGUCAAGAAACUUAUCUUGCGUUUUAAUAAGCUGCCCUAAUUUUAAUCCCAGUCCAUCGAGUAAGUUGUUGUUUGUUUAUGAAUGUUUCGGUCAUGGAAACUGCAAACAAUGCCAUAUUUUCUUCUGCACAACUUUUCGUUAUACUGAGAAAUUCAGCGUUUUCACAAGUCUCUUCGCUAUUUUACCUGCUAUAAACAGACUUUCUAGUAAUAUCAACUUGAGCAUCGCUAAGAUGCCUAAAACUGUAUUAAAUUGCAAAGACAGCAGUUUGAUUCAAUUAUACCUCCAGUUAUAUCAUUUUGAGCAUCGCUUGGAUGCCUAAAGCUGUAUUAAAUUGCAAAGACAGCAGUUUGAUUCAAUUAUACCUCCAGUUAUAUCAAUUUGAGCAUCGCUUAGAUGCCUAAAACUGUACUUGAUUCGAUUCUAGAUUAACGAUUAGAUGGUUUGCUUUGAUUAUUAGAAAUGACAGGUAAAGCUAAACAAAAGUUACCGGGAACCUUUUCGCUGCUGUUGAUUUACUAUCUCGAACUACAAUUUUGCAAAUUAAAUUUUCAAAUGAAAAAAAAGUCUGUACUAAUAACAUGAAAAGUUUAAGAGACGAGCAAACAUUCAUAAACAUAUUGUGAGAAAUUUCACUCUAUCUUAUCUUAUAAAAAACUUGAACAGGAUAAUUUCAAAUGAAAAAACCAGUAUUGUCUUUGGUAAAAAUAUUCUCUGAUACGAAAUGACCAAUUUCAAGAGGGCUAGGUUGCGGAUAAUAUGAGAAAUUUGCAGAGAUUAUAGGCAAUCACAAAGAAAACGUAAGGGACAUGCGAAACCUUUGCCAUAGGUAUUAUCCGUUGCAGAAUAAGUUUCACGGUAAUGGAUAGCGGUAAACAAGGAUCACGGUAAUGAAAAAGAUUCUAGUUUUGAUCUACAUCGCAAAUUAGUUUUCCUGUUAAUAGCAUGCCAAUCCUCUGCAUGAAGCCAAACUGUAUGGAACCUGCCCUUGACCAUAAAGGCUUUCCUUGCAACUAGCAAUGAAAGGCAUGCAGCUUAAUUGACGGACUCCUGUUAUCAAAAAGUGGAAAGGUCAAAUAUUCCAGGGCGACAAAAAAGUUUCUUGGCCAAGGAUAUAUGAAGCUUAUCUGUAAAAAUCACCUCUGCUGAAAAAUAGCGCACAUUAUGUUACGAGAGCUAGAAAAUAUUAUUUCAUGUUUUUAUUUAAUUGGUUAACUUCAUUAUCAUUCGCAAUUUUGGAGCCAGGAAAGUUUCACAUAUUUUACAGAUUACAAAAUUUGAGAGCCGGGUUUUUUUAAAAUACACAUAACAAUAAUCUAUUUGGGUAUUCAAACUAUCUAUGGGAUUUCGUGCUUUCAAAAAAUAUAUUUCUAGCGUUGAACACCGAACGUUGUAUUUUAUUGCUGAUAAUCUAAACAUUUAACAGUGAUUAAAGUGGCGUAUUUUUAAACCAUUUCUUUGGAAAACAAAUUAAAUGCAUCAGUUUCUUAAAGCUAGCAAAACAUUCUAAAAUCCAGGUUUUCUUUUGCCAAGGCUGCUAUCUGGGAUGUAAGUCCCUUGCAAAUGAUACCUGCAUUAUUAAAUGAACAGGUCUAGCUAGAUCUUUACAGUACCAGUUUAUUCAAUCUACAGAAAUCGCUUGUCAAAGAUUCCUUUUUCAACUAGCUUUCUCGAAAGGCAACAUAGCAUUCCCUAGCUGCUCUUCGUUGCAAAGAGCCCACCAGCCAACUGUAGAUUUUUCAAUUCAAAUUCAAGAAAGAUUUGCAUGGAAAUCCCUUCUAGUCAGCUGCAGGUGUACGGAUCUCCUGAAUAAUUUAUGAAGGCUGCUUGCUUUGAAUCCAGCUCUUGGAUGUCUUUAGACUCAUGUGUUUGAGUGAUAGUUUGUUUGUAUCCAGGGACACAGUUAUUGCGUGCCGAUCUUCAUCGGUUCAGACUUAAAGGAACACAUUCAAUUUACUAGACAUGGUAUUCGGGCAUCACAUACAAAGUUUAACUGCAUGCAUAUCAAGCGGAAAUUAAACAAUUCUGUUGUUUUAGUGCUAGCUUCAUUUUCGUGGUUCUAAUUGGGUUUUGGCCGUUAGGCGCCAUAUACAAAAUUCCGACAUGAUGAUGGAAAGAGAUAAUCUGAACUUAGCCAAAGAGCGGGUGCUUAUAAACGUUGGCGGGGUAAAGCAUGAAACAUACCGGUCGACAUUAAAAAUGAUUCCGGAUACAAGGCUUGCGUGGAUCGCUGAAAAUAAAAGUAGCAAUUUUGAAGGUUUCGAUGCUACAAAAAAUGAGUAUUUUUUUGAUCGACAUCCUGGUGUUUUUAUACAAAUAUUGAAUUACUAUCGAACUGGGAAAUUGCACUCUCCGUCGGACGUAUGCGGGCCAUUGUUUGAAGAAGAGUUGCAGUUCUGGGGAAUUGAUGAGAAACAGAUGGAGCCAUGUUGUUGGGCCAAAUAUACAGAGCACAGAGACGCUCAGGCUAAUUUAAAGGUAUUUGAAGAUGGUCCUCCUAAUGCCGAUGACGAUGCUGUGCCAGCAGGAUUGCCUGCCUAUUUGACUAUGGAGGAGGUGUCUCCGAGACAAAAAUCCGCAAUUGCUUCUUGCUUCGAGAGUUUUAUAACUAAGGUCAAGCCUUCUUAUUUCGAAUCAAGCAACUGGAAGAUGCAUAAAAGGAAAAUGUUUACCCUGAUUGAAGAUCACAGAUCAUCUUUGGCGGCUAAGGUUUGGACGUCAUUUUCCCUCUUCUUCAUAAUCGUUUCUGUGAUCUCAAUCUUUAUGCACUCAAUUUUGCAAUACAAAUUUGAGAAGAACAGCGAAUUUGCAAAGACUAUGUUCCUAGUGGUGAGAAUAAUGGACUUAAUCUGCUUUACUUGGUUUUUGUUCGAGAUAAUUGUACGAAUACUGGUCUACCAUCCCACAAGAAAAAGAUUCUUCGUCUCAGUAAUCAACUGGAUUGAUGUCAUAUCAAUGUUGACGUUCAUCCCACAGUUCAUAUAUCUAGCAUUGAAAAAUGACGGCAAACUGAGCGACGAAAUCGAAAUGAUUGCUGCGUUUAGGCUAUUUCGUCUCUUUAGAUUCUUUCGCCUAUCAUCAGGCCUCGAAGUCUUAAAGCAUACGAUGAUAGCAAGCUCAAAGGAGAUCAUUUUGCUUCUUAUGAUGCUGAUGAUACCAGUCACUCUUUUUGCAACCAUUGUACACUUCUGUGAGAGACAGGAUCCAAGCACAAAGUUUAAAACUAUACCAGAAUCCCUUUGGUGGGCCAUUGUCACCAUGACUACAGUUGGAUAUGGAGAUAUGGCACCGAAAACGACUUUCGGAAAAGCAUUUGGCGCAUUCUGUGCAUCAUGCAGUUUGCUUAUUCUUGCCCUUCCUGUUUCCAUAAUAGGUAACAACUUUUCAUUGUUCUACUCCUACGCACAAGCACGGCUAAAACUGCCAAAGAAAUCCCACAAUGCAUUGGUGGGUGCUGCCAAUGUUUUGAUGGCAGACACGAAUUCAAGCCAUUCGCCCGACCUCGAUGGCAGCGAAGAAGAAAACGGGAGUGGAAGUGAUGAUAAUAAUUCCGGGGCAGGUGAAGCUAAUCUGUCUGUAGCUAAAAGAUAUCGUCGUGACAGGCACUCACUCUAUGCAGGUGGAGUUGUUAGGAAUUCACGAAGGGUUCUAAGGUCACGAAGCACGGGCGUCACUGGCCUAUCAAGUGACAGUGAGAAGGAGCAACGCGAUUCUCUUACCAGAACAUCAAACAUCACUGGAACAACCGAGGCAGAGUCGCCGGUUGAUAAUCAGAAGGAGGCCGAUGAAAAAGAGCAGAAUCAAACGCAAAGUUCAGAUAGCAACGUAGAACAGAAGUGCGAUGGGCACACCAAGCCCAAUGGGUCGAUUGCUGAGAAACCACCAAGUGGAAGGAGAAGAAACCGAUCAGGAGGCCAGAGAAUACACCCGGUUAUAAAGCUUCAAGUCACUGAAGAUGGAGAUGAUACGAGAUCAGAUGGCAGGGGGUUAGACAACGAAACCUUUGACAACAGAUUGGAUACAAUACGCACUCCACCGAUGAAUGAAGUGGAAUAUUUCGGCUCUGUUUCUCAAAUCAAAAAUAAUUCGGAUAUUGAAAAGAGCUCUUCAGCAGAAACGUUAAACAAAAAGCAGUUAAUGCCACAAAAUUAUAAGAAUGUAAAUAGAAAUGACACGAGAGAACAAAACGGAACCUUGUUACAAACUAUGAUACCGGAAAGUAGGACAGAAGUUAACUGCAACGACGAGACGUCAGUAGAUAAUAACGAUAUUGAUUAUGAUAGAGUAUCGUUUAGAUAAGAUAAGUAAUCAGGUUUUUACAGUGGUAGCAGGAAAACAAAUAUUUGUCUUGCUUCAAAAGCAACUCUUCCAGUACACACCCUUUCCAAGUCCUUUUGCCAUAUUCAAAAAGUCUGUCGCCUUCCCCCCCCCCACCCCAGAUCAAAGGCUACCCAGACCCUUAAAACAUGUAUUUAUUGCAAAAAUGUCAACAAACUUCAUCUUUCCCUCCUUUCUUCUUAAUGCCUCUCCCUCUUCUACCGUCUUGAUACAGGACUUUGAUACAGGCACCCGGACCUUUCCCUAACAUUACCAGAUAAGAAAGUGAAUCAAAAACCAUCAUUGUAUUCUUAAAUGCAGGAACAUGACACCAGUUGGAUCAAGUGCUUUGCUGGAUCUAAUACUGUGGUAUAUCCAGUAAUGAAGACAAAUAUCACUCUCCUUGAUUACGUGAUACAUUUAAGCAUACCAAUGCAAUAAAAGAACUAGAGAAGUAAAUAGAUAUGUCACCUGACAAGGCAUUUACCAAGGAAAUACAGGGCCUCAAGGAUAAUCUUUUUUCCUCUUUAUUGCUGAAGCAGAGAUGCAACAAAGAUAAGGAUCGAAGAAAUGUAGUUGCAAUGUAGCAAUUUUGUGCAAGUAUGCACAAUGUAGGCCUAUUUGCUCUACCUCUCAAGCUUGUAGCUAAGUUGGAUAUUUAUCUAGCAAAAUCCAUUAUUUUAUACCUACCUACUUUUCGUUAUGUUUACUCCAAAUACCAAUUACCUACCAUUAUGUCAACAAGAGUUUACAAUCAUCAACAGGAUUUUGGAUACUUCCUGUAGCUAGGCAUGCAAAAAAAUGUGAAUGCCAAACACAAUAUACCAUCUUUAGUAUAAAUGUGUCUUCGCUAAUAUUAUUGAUAUUUUUUGCUUUUGGAAGAUAGGAACAAUUUUACACGCGUCAAAAAAUGCCCAUGGCGGUAAAUUGAUACCCUCUCUGAUGCCAAUUGCCUUAUUAAAGAAUUUCAAGAUAUCUACCCCCAAGGAGUGGAAUUACUUCCCCAACCAAGCAUAUUCUUCGGGUUUUUGAAGACCUCUUUUCCUGUUCGUUAUUUCAACCCUCCUGUUUCGAUUAUUAAAACAUUUGACUAAUUUUUUUAAAUUCGGAAUGCUUAUUACAAUACCCACGAUAAACCCGACCACCCCUCAAGCCCUCGCAUUCUUAACCACGGGGUACCCGAGGUCUCAGCGUACAUCAAAGGCAAUUGAAAGAGAGGAAGUGUGACAUCUUGAAGGGUCUAUUCAUCUUCUCAAGUCCGUAAUAGAACAACGUGUUGGUAAUCAUUGAAAGAGACACACUAACGCAUUUAAUCUACUCCGACGAUCUUGUCUUUGUAGGAAAAUUUUAGAUCAAAAUCUACAAGCCCUGCAAAACUACAAGGAAUAGAUGCAGCCAUUACCCCCUAGCCUCUUUUCUGGGUGUAUUGGCAACCAUCUUGAUAAUAAAAAAAAGACUACAAUGUUGGCGGGAUUUCGUUAUCCUUAAUCCCUUAUCCUUAUCCUUAUAAUAAACCCUUAUCCUUAGUCAAUUGUGAUAAAGAUUAAAAUCACUGUAAGUAGUUCGUAUAAAAGUUAAUGUAAAUAGUUGUCAGGAUCUACAAGAUCUUUUCCAUUAUAAGA